GUCCAAUUCGAAUCGUUGCCGCGAACGCAGCUCUCUUCAAAAGCGGAGAAAAUAUCAGAAAAUAUAUAUUUUGAAGCAAUCGAUCGGGCGAGAAAAACGACAUUGACAUUCAAGCGGGCGCGCUAAUUGAUCCAUUGGAAAACCCCUUGAACGCCCGGGUCAAGUGCUCUCAAUUGGAAGUGUCAGGUGGCAGCAUGGGGCAUCUGCUGCCCUUCCCCUGCCCCUUCCCGAUACCCAUGUCCAUACCCAUCUCGAUCGCAGUUCCGCUGUUAUUUCUGUUUUUGGGCGCCGCAUCGCCGGUUUUGGCCAGAUCCGAUGACCAAACAGUCUGCGGAUCGCAGGAGAUAAAUGAGAUUGCGGACUUGCGGAAACUGCAGAACUGUACGCACGUGGUGGGUCACGUUCGACUGGCCUAUGUGGAUCUGGAUCUGGAUCUGACGGAUGUAGCCGGCAACUACAGCCUGGCAUCGCUGGCCAGCAAUGUGACCGAGAUCAGCGAUUACCUAAUGGUGUACCGCUGCACGGGUCUGAUCAGCCUCCAGUCAAUAUUCCCCCGACUGCGGAUCAUCCGGGGUCAGCAGCUGCUGUUCGAUCAGUACUCCCUGGUGGUCUACGAGAAUCGGAAUCUCAGGGAGCUCGGUCUGGUGGAGCUGUUGCGCAUCCAAAGCGGCUUCAUUCGCGUCGAAUCGAAUCCCUUGCUGUGCUUCGUGGAAACCGUCGAUUGGAUGUACUUGAUGGGCAAUGCUACGCGGCAGCACUUUUCCCUCAAACACAACAGGCCGCAAAGUCAGUGUCCUUUGUGCGGCAGCCUGUCAGCGGACUUCGAGUUCAUCCGAAACUCCUCGCAGCGUUGCUGGAACGUCAACACGACACAACUUCGCCCCCAACCGCCACGACUUAGAGAUUGCCCCAUUGCCUGUGGCCAGAGUGGAUGUGAUAGUGCGGGAAAAUGUUGUGAUCACAACUGCGUCACUGGGUGCUACUCCCAAAACUGCUCCCUGUGUGCCAACUACCAGGGCAGGAUGGGCUGUGUCAAUCAGUGUGUCGCCAGCUAUGAGAUAAACAGGAGGAGGUGCAUCGGCCACAGGGAGUGCCGGGAACUGGGAAGGAUUCCCCUGAUACGCGGCUAUCAGUGUGUGGAAAAAUGUCCGGGAAACCAGAAGGAGUACCUGGACGCCAAGGGCAUCAUCCACUGCCAGGUGGAGUGCAACGGCGAUUUUCACGUGAAGAGCGCUGCGGACCUGGAAGUUUUACAGGACUGCGUGACCAUCAACGGUUCACUUACCAUCGAACUUACCAAUAUUAAAGAAAAAAUUGUAGAUGCCUUGGAAAACGCUUUGGCCAGUGUGAAAGAAAUCACUGGAUAUCUAAAGGUCAUACACUCUGCACAGCUGAUGGCGCUCACAUUUCUGCAGAAUCUAGAUGCCAUUCGAGGCGAUAAGCUGGUGGAAAACAAAUACGCCCUGUACGUGGUGAACAACUACCAUUUGGAGCACAUCUGGCCACCCAAUCACCUGGUGAUCAUUCAGCGCGGCAGGCUCUUCUUUCACCUCAAUCCCCGCCUGUGCUACGACAAAAUCCAGCAGCUACAGGGAUCCCUAAAAAGCGGCGAGAAUAUAUCUGUCGCAGAUGUAUCACCCAAUUCGAAUGGCGAGCGCGUGAUUUGUGGCGAGGCGGUGCGCUCGCUGAAUCCCAGAGUGGAGGACCUUAAUUCCACUGCGGUACGCAUCAUCAUGGACUACAUGGACUGGGAGGGCAUGGAAACUCUAAUAGGAUAUUCGUAUCACUACAAGGAAGCCCCGGUGCAAAACGUGACUAUGUACGAUGGUCGGCAUGGUUGCGGUCAUGACAACUGGCUGAUGGACGUUGUGCCCAACCAGAGUCGACGCCAUGUGAUAAGCGGUCUGAAGCCCUACACGCAGUAUGCAUACUUUGUGAAGACCCUCACCAGAACAGAAUAUCAUAUUCAGAUAGACGCCUACUCGAAAAUCGCUUACUUCCAGACGCUGCCCGACAGGCCGAGUCCUGUGCUCCGAAUAUAUGGCAGCUCGGAAAUCAGUUCCCAGAUUCUCCUGCACUGGUGGCCACCGAGUCGUCCGAAUGGCGUCAUUAAAAAUUAUUUUGUGACCGCCGAAAAGCACAAUAUUACCAAGGAGGUAAAGGACAAGAAUUAUGCGAAUGUAGAGCUCGAAAUUGCUAAAGACAGCGAUUGUGAGUGCGUUGGUUUACUGCCCUACUAUUCAGGUCCUCAGCCGGAUGACGAGGAUUACUACAACAAAGAGCAAAUCACCUACGAGGAUGCGUUGCCCAAUCUCAUUUAUGUUUCGCGCUAUCACGACUAUCGCCGAAAGGAGUUCGAGAAAGUGAUCGACUAUGAGCAUCUGCUGACCAGGAAGAAGACUGAAGCGCCCACCAGACCGCCCACAACCACUCCGGCGCCCACAAAUGCAACCUUGGAUAAGGAGAGGGAAGCCGCAAUUAACUACGAGAAUUACCGCCUGACUACCGAACAGAGACAACGGGAUCUCCAGGACCUGGACCAGCACAAGUACCGCAUCCGACAUGCCUUGCCCAAGUGCCAGGAUCCCCAUGCCUCCGUGGUCCAGCAAGUGGAGGAAAAAUGCGUCGUUGAGGAGCCCUUGAGUGGCUACGAACUAAAGGGCACCCAGCACUUCUACUGCCUCUCCCAGUUGGAACCGGAAACCCACUACCGCAUCACAAUACGGGCCUGUGUCGAGGGCGUGGUCAACGGGUGCUCCACUCCGGCGGAGGCUGUGAUCAAGACCGCCAGCCUCCAACUGGAGCGAUUCAUCAAGGGUGUUUAGGGAAGAAACUUUGAUCGCCCUUUUGCGCACUUUUGUAUCAGCUGACAAGUGAUAAAUGCUAGACCCAUAUGACGAUAGGCGUGUUGAAGACUUGAUGCAAUUGGAAACCCCAUUGCUAUAUAUAUCAACCUAUAUCACGUACGCGAACAUUUCCUAAAUCUGUAUUUAUUGUUCCGAAAAACUUGACAAGGAAGGACCGCUUACCUCCUUUUUUCCACGACUGUAUUUACCAUAGUUGUGGUAUUUAUAAUUAUUACAUUAUGUUUUUAAUAUUUAUCAGUUCUAUGUAGCCUGUACUUUGAUUUCCAUUAGACUGAACAGCUUUAAUGCUUUUUCAACUGUUGAAAUGCCUGAGAAUGUGCCGUGUCAUAUGGGCCCAACUAAGUAUUGUAAGUCAAGUGACUGUAGUUCCUCCAAAUGUAUUGUAAAUGUGUAAAUCCCAAACAAAUCUUUGACAAGCGACCAAAUGCUUUCAUCAA